CAUACGAAUGUCAUCUUCAUUCGUGUUUAUCGUGGCGCUAGUGUUGAUUCAUUUUAAGAGGUUAAUAAAGACUUCUUAUUUUACGAAUUUUAUUUUUAUAAUAUUCUAAUAUAGAUUUGAAGAUGUCAUUUGAAUUAUAUAAAAUAAAAUUUUAUAUAUUAAUACUGUGCAUAUAAAGCGUACAAAAUGCAAUCGAUUUUUAGAUUUGUAAUAAUAAUCUUUUCCGUGUCAACAAUUUCAUGUUACCAGAGAUCAUAUCCAAAGAACUUAAGUAAUUCUAAAGAAACGGGACAUUCAAAUAAUUGGGCAGUCCUAGUUGAUACAUCCCGAUUUUGGUUCAACUAUAGACAUGUUGCAAAUGUUUUAUCUAUAUAUAGAAGUGUUAAACGUUUAGGAAUACCUGACUCCCAAAUUAUUCUUAUGAUCGCCGAUGAUAUGGCAUGUAACCCUAGAAAUCCUAGACCUGCCACUGUCUUUAAUAAUGUCAAACAACAUAUUAAUGUUUAUGGAGAUGAUGUGGAAGUUGAUUAUAGAGGUUAUGAAGUUACUGUAGAAAAUUUUGUAAGAUUAUUAACUGGUCGAUUGGCACCAGAAACUCCAAGAUCCAAAAAGUUACUCACCGAUGAAAGAUCUAAUAUAUUAAUUUAUUUGACUGGGCAUGGGGGUAACGGAUUUUUAAAGUUUCAAGAUUCCGAAGAAAUAACUAGUCGAGAGCUUGGAGAUGCUUUAGAACAAAUGUGGCAAAAGAGAAGAUAUCAUGAAAUAUUAUUUAUUGUAGAUACAUGCCAAGCAAGCUCUAUGUAUGAAAAAUUUUAUUCUCCAAAUAUAUUAGCAAUAACUUCCAGUUUGGUAGGAGAAGAUUCUUUGUCUCAUCAUGUGGAUCCUGCUAUAGGUGUAUAUGUUAUAGACAGAUUUACAUAUUAUGCUCUGGACUUUUUAGAGAAAGUAGAGCCUACCAGUAGUAGAACAUUAGGAGAAUUUCUCAAAAUAUGUCCAAAACAUUAUUGUUUAUCUACAGUUGGUGUAAGAAAAGAUUUAUUUAAACGAGAUCCCGAUAAAGUUCCUAUCACAGACUUCUUUGGUUCAGUAAGACCAAUAGAGAUCACAACAAACGUAAUAAAUAUCCUCCCUAUAAAAUCAAAUAAAACAAGUUUGAUAGAAUCAGAAGAGAAAUAUAAUUAUGUUUCUCAGUUUCCAGAUAUAACGCAAUAUACGUAAGCUGUUUAAAUAUUUGUAUUUGUAUCAACAUUACUUUUAUUAAACAUAGUCUUUAUAAAUUAUAAGAAUUAUUUUCACCAUGCCCAAAUAUUAUAAAAUAUUUGUUAUAAUUAUUAUUAAUAUUAUCAAUAUAGGGUGUAAAGAAAUUAAAGAUUAUUUAAAUAUUAAUAAUUUUUAUUAUAAGAUAAAAGAAUUUACUGCAGUCACAUAAAAAAGUGAUUCCUGCAAAUAUCAUUUUAAUUUGAUCUACGGUCAUCAACAUCGAACUGCAUUUCGGUAGUUGCAGCUUAAUAUAGUUGGGUCAAAAACAGUCCCUUCAGGACACUGGAAUUUAGAAACUACAUAGUGACCAUUAACACGAAGACAGUAAUAGAAUUUACUACAGUCAUUAGGAUCACGGACAUAUCCUUCGCGUUGACAAAUAUCCUUACUUGGUGGGGUGGUAGGCUUAGUUAUGUCGGUUGGUGUAGUUGUUUUUGUUGGUGUAAUUGAUGUAGUUGUUUUUGUUGGUGUAGUUGUUGUGGAUGUUAUAGGUGGACCAUUUCGCAAAACAUUAUUCAAAAUUUUCAAAAGAGGAUAUUUUUCUCCGCAUGCACCAUGGAAGUCAUCAGUUUCAAUACUCCAUAACAUAGCACCACCAAGACCAUUAGCCUUAGCAUAUUCAGCCUUUUCCUUCAAAGAUCUAUAUAAUAAUACAUUCAUUAAUUAUAAAAGUUUAAAGUAAUACCAUAACACAACUAAUGUAUAUAUAUAGUAUGAAUAUACUUACUGAACGUCAUCAUACCCUACCCAUUGAUUAUCCUUAUAUGCAUAAGGUGCGCGCUGUUCAUUGUCGUAAACAAUGGUCCAUUUACCGUUUUUUAGUUGUGUGCAAAUUUCAUUAUAUCCUAACAUUCCAGGUUCUUUAGUGUAUGGUCCCGCGGUUCCUGCUCCAAUACUUGGUGAUCCGAUAUCAUGUUGUUGAGGAUUUUUAAGAGUAAAAGAUCUACCAUAGAAAGGUACCCCAAGAAUCAAUUUUUCAGGAGGAGCACCUUGUGAUAACCAGUAUUUUACAGAUGCGUCCUAAAAUUAAUGAAUUACUAUUAAUAUCGGAACAAUUAGAAGAGAGAUUAAUAAAUAAUUGAUCUCGCUUAUAGACAUCUGAAUAUUAUUACAUGCAAAUAAGUAAUUUACUUACAACAGUGAAUUGAGCGUUAUUAGCAGACGCACCCUUUUUUGCAUAGAGAGGAGAAUUGAGUCCAAUGGUAGAUUCCCAAGAACCGUGAAGAUCGUAAGUCAUAAGAUUGAUAAAGUUCAAGUAUUUGCACAUCUCAGGUAUUAUAUAAGAUUGACGAGCGGAAGUUGCAGCAGCACUGACAGCCGCACUAAGAAUGUAUCCAUGUUGGUCAAAUUUCUCUCGAAGUUCUUUCAAAAGGCUAAUAUAAUUUUCUUUAUCUACAGGCUUGCCACCACGUUGAUUUGGGUAUUCCCAAUCAACAUCAAAACCGUCAAAGCCAUACUUCUUUAAGAAUUCGACCACCGAGUUAACAAACUUAGCGCGAAGGGUAGGAUUGGCAACAACGUUAGAGUAUUUGACAGAACCCUCGUUCCAUCCACCGAUAGCGACCAUAGUUUUUAUAUCAGUGUUGUUCUUACGGAGAUUGUUGAAUCUACCAAAACCAUUCUUUCCAUAGUUAUCUGGAAGAUCUUGCCAAGGGUCCAGAAUCCUAAUGGUACCACCCGAAUUGAGUCCAACGAAUGUGUAAAUUAUAUGAGUGCAGAGCUUUGGAUCGAUGUCAUCAAUCAUGAAUUUGCCUGCAUUUUCUCGAUAGACUGCCCAACUACCGAAGUAACAGACGAUCUUGUCUGUCACAAAAUCAAUACUUCAAUGAGUAAAAAUAUAAGAAAUAUAUUUUUAAAAAUAAUGAAAAAAAAAAUUAAAAUACAUUAAAGAUAUGUCUCAUAUAGCGUACAUUUUUGGUUUCAUAUAAUGUAAGUAUUGUCGACAAAUGUACACGUAGAUAUAUCUAUAUGUAAAUAUAUAUAUAUAUAGACAAAAACACACACAUAUGCAUAUACAUAUAUAUAUAUAUAUAUAUACUUACUGUCUGCCUUUGCAGUCGCGGCAAAAGCCACAAAGGCUGCCAAAAAUACGAUCCAAGCGUUCAUCUGUAUAUAGACAAAAUUCUUAUAAUGACAAAAUGAAAAGAGCAAUAUCGGAGUUUGCAGUUAAUCAAUCUCUUUCUGAUACAGUAAUGUCAUCAGAGGAUUUAGAAAUCAUAUCACUUUAGAUUGAGUCAUGAGAAAACCUAUACGUUAGUUAUCGCAAAUCUAUCUAUACACUUAUCUGAAGAUCAUAAAAAAUUUUGUUAAAAUCAUGUCCUAUCGACAUAGAUAUUGAUAAAGAGAAAGUCUUAAAAAUAAAUAAUUUUUAAAUGAAAAAAAAAAAAAAAAAAAAAAAUAAUAAUAAUAAUAAAAAAAUAA